CGAAAGCGCAAUUUUCACAGAUAUAAACAACAACAUUACAACAUUUCAUUAAAUUAUCACAUUAUUUAAACUAUAAUAAAGAAUUAAAGUAUUCAGAAAAGAGAAUAAGUAUGCCUUCAACAUUAGAAUCAUGCAAAACCUUCUUUGGAACCACAGAUUUGUACGCAAUUUUUGAGAUUGAAAAGAAAGCACCCGUUUCUGAAAUUAAGAAAGCAUAUUAUAAACAAGCUUUAAAAGUACAUCCAGAUCGAGUUGCUGAUGAGGAGAAAGAAAAAGCCACAGAAUCAUUUAAAAUAUUGGCCAAAGUUCAUGAAGUAUUGUCUGAUGAUAAUAAACGAGCCUUAUAUGAUCAGCAAGGAAUAGUAGAUGAUGAUGAUGACGAGAAGUUUGGAAACUCUUGGCUAGAAACUUUCAAGAAUCUCUUUAAACCAAUCAGUGAGUCUGAUAUUGAUAAUUAUCGUAAGGAAUACGUAGGCUCAGAACUUGAAAAGAAUGACUUAAAGAAGGCAUAUGUAAAUGGAAAAGGCUGUAUUAAUUUUAUCAUGUCACAUGUUCCUUUUAUGGGAGUUGAAGAUGAACCAAGAUUUCAUGAAAUCGUAAAUGAAUGGAUAAAAAGUAACGAAGUGCCUGAAUUCAAGGCAUUUACGGAUGAGCCUAAAUCUAAAAGAGAUCGUCGUCAUAAGAAAUAUGCAAGAGAGGCUAAAGAAGCUGAAAAAAUGCUGGAUAAAAUGAAUGAACAAAAGAAUGAUGAAGACGAAUUGACUAAAAUAAUUGCUAAACGUCAACAAAAUAGGCAAGGAGGUUUCAGUUCUUUCCUAGACAGUUUAGCACAAAGGUACGGUGAUAAUGAUGAGAAUGAUUCAGAUGAGCUUGAUGAGGAGAGCGUUAAAAAGUUUGGUAGAAAAUUGCAAAAUUCUCAAAGGAAAAAAACUGAAAAAUCUGGUAAGGCAAAAAAGGAGACUCCAGUUAAAUCUGGACGUGUUACAAAGAAGAAGUAAAAAUUUGUAUGUUCUUUAAAGAAUUUUGAGUUCAAUAAAAAUAACGUAUUUUUUAAGUUUUGAAAACAAAGUCAGACAUAUAGACAUUAA